CUUCUCUCUCCCAUCCUCUCUCUUAUUUUGGGAAUCUCAUUGACCAAUAGAGCAUACUUUAGUUAAUUUUGAUUUGCAUUGAGCUGUUGAUCGCCAUAGAGUGCAUCAUCUGCUGAUCUGAAACUUGUGAGGUGACAUCAACUCUGCAUGGUCCCACAGCAAUCCACAGGGGCCACAGACACGACACUGAUCCGGGAUCAGGACCUAAAGCACAGUUAGGUGCUUUAGGCCAGCUGGGGUUGAAAAAAGGGCACAGUCAGCGGGGUAGAGAGGAGUAGAGAGAGGGAUAGAAAGAGAGAAAACACAUUCAGUUUAGUGGCAGUAUGGAAAUGGAGAGGCUAGGGAGAGGAGGAACCAAACCAAGCGCAGGCCCAAACACUCUGCUGAAAGUCGCCCUGGCAGUGUGUUUGUGUAUCUGUCUCGCACUAUUGAUUGCCGUCAUCACGGUGUCAAACAAAACAAACAAUGAAGAAUUCUGCCUUACUCCACACUGUAUUGAAGCAGCCGGCUCUAUUCUUAGUAAGAUGGACCAGUCUGUAGAACCAUGUGAUUACUUUUACCAGUACGCAUGCGGAGGCUGGCUACAGGAAAACCCCAUUCCAGAGGAUUCUUCAAGCUUUGGGAUUUACCCAUGGCUCCGACAGAAUGUGGACCUCAAGCUGAGAGAAUUGUUAGAGCAGCCCAUCGGAGAUAAAGACAUUGAGGCAGUGAAGAAAGCCAAAAUCCUCUACAUUUCCUGCAUGAAUGAAACUGCCCUGGAGAUUGUAGAUGCAAAGCCUCUGCUGAAGAAUCUAAAGCAGAAAGAAUUCCGCUGGCCGGUUCUCGGGGACACACUAGGUUCUUCCUCGCAGUGGGUGGAGUCUCAGUUUGACCUGCUGAAGACACUGGCUGAGAUACGCAACCAGCACAGCAAGUCCGUCCUCAUACGUCUAUUUGUUUCUUAUGACGACAAGAACUCAAACAAGUACAUAAUCAAGCUGGAUCAGGCCUCUUUGUCGCUGUCAUCCAGAGAGGACUACAUCACUAAUACAACUGAGGCACAAAUGUAUCGAGAGGCUCUUUUUAGGUUGAUGGUGGAUGUUUCUGUCAUGUUGGGAGCCAAUGAGCAGGCUGCUGAAGCUCAGAUGAAACAAGUACUUGAUUUUGAAAUGAAGCUUGCACAGAUAGUGAUACCAUUAGAAAACCGUACCAGUGAAAACAUGUACAACAAAAACAGUUUGUCUAAACUGCAGCGCCUUAUUCCAGAGUUUAACUGGCUGGUUUUUGUCAGAGCAGUGAUUGACACAGAGCUGUACCCAGACAUGAAAAUCUCCUCUUCAGAGCAGGUGAUUGUACGUGCCCCUCAGUAUUUGAAAGACCUCUUCAAACUCAUCAACUCCACAGAAACCAGGACGGUUGCCAAUUACGUCAUAUGGAGAUCAGUUUUCUCCCGAAUCACCACCUUGAGUCGACGCUUUCUCUACAGAUUCCUGGACUUUGCUCGGGUGACCACAGGCACAACCUCUUUGACCCCUCGCUGGGAUAAGUGUGUGAAUUAUGUAGAAAACACACUUAUCUACGCCACCGGUAGGCUGUUUGUCGAUAAGCAUUUUCAGGAGGACAAGAAACACAUGAUGGAAGAACUUGUAGAUGGUGUUAAGUGGGCAUUUAUUGACAUGCUUGAGAAGGAGAAUGACUGGAUGGAUGAAGAAACAAAGAGAAAAGCAACAGAGAAGGCUCAUGCAGUCUUGGCGAAAGUGGGCUACCCAGAGUUUAUACUGAACGACACCUAUAUCAAUGAGGACCUUAAACGGUUGUCAUUCACCGAGACAGACUACUUUGGGAAUGUCAUGCAGACGCUAAAGUUCAUUGCUCAGUCUGACAUCGGCUGGCUAAGGAAAACAGUCCCUCGCACAGAGUGGUUUACCAACCCGACUACAGUUAAUGCAUUCUACAGCUCUUCUACAAACCAGAUCAGAUUCCCUGCAGGGGAACUUCAAAAGCCAUUUUUCUGGGGAUUGAACUACCCUCGAUCCCUAAGCUAUGGAGCGAUCGGUGUAAUUGUUGGCCAUGAACUGACCCAUGGCUUUGAUAACAAUGGUAGGAAGUACGACAAAGAUGGGAACCUGGACCAGUGGUGGAGCAAUUCCUCAAUCGCCCGCUUCAAUGAAAAAACACAGUGCAUGAUCGACCAGUACAACAACUACUACUGGAAUGAAGCGGGGCUAAAUGUACAAGAGGCCUUAAGGACCAACCUUUCCAAUUCAUUUUUGUUCUCAUCAAAAUGUGCCAGAUGUGUCCAUACUAAACUUUACCCACAAUCCUCUCUCAAGGUCAGGGGGAAGAGGACACUGGGAGAGAACAUUGCUGACAAUGGAGGGAUGAGGGAAUCUUUCAGAGCCUACAGAAGAUGGAUCGAGAAAGAGAGAGGAGGACUUGAGGAGCCUCUGUUACCUGGAGUGGGUCUGACCAAUAAUCAACUGUUCUUUCUCAGUUAUGCUCAUGUUCGCUGUAAUUCCUACAGACCAGAAGCUGCACGAGAUCAGAUCCAGAGUGGAGUUCACAGUCCUCCUAAAUAUAGGGUUAUUGGGGCAAUGAGCAACUAUGAAGAGUUCCGGAAAGCUUUUAGCUGCCCCGAGACAUCGGUCAUGAACAGGGGGGCAAAGUCCUGUCGCGUGUGGUAAACAAUCACACCACCAAACCUCCAAAUUUUGUUCCAGUCACUGCUUUUUAUGGAGAAACAGCAGUUACUGUCACUGAACCUUUGGGCCGUGCUGACCACUGGGUGCCUGGCCUGUCUUCAGCCACUGGAAUACUGCAGACCACAGUGCCUACACAGAUGAAGGCUUUCAGCUAUGUAAUUUCUGACCUCAUUUAACAUGUUCAAAUGCCGAAAUUCCUUUGAGGCCUUCCUGUGGUUCAUCACUGUGUUGCAUUCAACAGUCACACUGUCUCUUUUUAGUGUAAAGGAUUUAUUCUAUAUAAAUUAUUAUUGUUCUUGAUCUUGAUAACAGUUUUAUUAUUAUAAUUUUUUUUUUUAUUUCUGUUGUUUUAUUUUAUUAGAAACAGUACUGUCUAUUCUGUAUGUAACAUAGUAAAUAACUGCUGUCCUGAGGUUUUCAAAUUGUCUCUGUGAUGUUACGCACAAAUAGCAAAACUUAAACAUACUAAUUUGGUACAUUUUAUGUUAAGUAACUAGGUGCACAGUAAUUUUUAUGUUGUGAGGCGGAUAUCUGAAACAUAGGAUAGCUGGGAAAGAGACAUUCAAAUUUAUGCCCUACCUGAUUUGUUAGAAUUAGGAUUAGAUUUAAGGGUAGGGCUAGUCUGCAUGACUUCAAAAGUAUAAUUUAAGUGCCCCUUUAAUGCAGAAAAAUUGUCCAGACCCUUAUUAUACACAGAGUUCAUUGCUGAUAUCUACAACUUCCUCAUUGUGUGUAUGUGCGUGCCAAUAUGGGCAUUAAUCAAUUCAAAUUUCACUUCAAAGGAAUCCAUGCAAAUUUCCUCUUUUCUAUUUUCACAUGACCAAGCAGGAAAAAAAAUGUCAGUUUGCUGUCUAGUUCAGUACAGGAGGAAAUGGAGAGAAUUAAUAACUGAAUCAGCCCUUUUGGGCAUAAACUUAGACCCUGUACUAUCUCCUAAACAUAAAUAAACGUGCACACACUUACACACUGCAAAAUUCCAAUAAUGUAGAUAGAGCCAGAACCAAAAUCAAUUCCUUUGACCUCCAUUUAUGCUGAAGUGACAGGGGAUGUCUUGUGGGGACAAAACGGUGGAAAACUGGUGGAGAAUUUCAUUGAUUGGAGUGCUAAAAAAGGACAGGUCUAAAAAUAACCCGGUGUUCCUGAAGAGAUGCAUCAGGCGGACUGUGAAUAGGAGUGUUUGCUGUCAUUCUGAAGAGCGAGAGAGAAGGAGAGUGAGAGGGACAGACUAUAAUGGGUUUAAAUGCCCAGAGGCCAGAUUUUCACUCUGCCUGGAGGAACAGAAGAUAAAAAGAGAGAGAAAGAUGGAUGUAGAGAGAGAGUUUUGUAGAACAGCGCCAGAGGCGCACCACUUGUCCACUGAUGCAUGAGGCCUGUGAAACAGAGUUUUUUCACUUCAACCCAAAUAUAUAUAUAUAUAUAUAUAUAUAUAUAUAUAUAUAUAUAUAUAUAUAUAUAUAUAUAUAUAAACAUAAAAUCCACUCAAUACCUAGAGUUGACAUAGUAUGGCUGAAAAGUGAAAGCACACCACAGAAUGUUUUGGAACAAGAUUGAAUUACAAACUCAAUCCCCUUAUUUUUUGUUUUUGUUUUUGCAUGAAGACAGACAGUUGUGUUCUGAAGUAUCACAUGCUAUACUAUCUAAAAUUAUUUUAACAGGAUUUGUUAUUCUUUUAAAAAAUACUGGUGAUUAUAAAUUAUGAGAAAGAAAAAAAGGUUAAAAAAGAAUGGUAAAAAAAAAAAAAAAAAAAUAGUUAUAUGAAAUGGUGACCAGUCACAGUACCUCAUAAUAUUCAUUCUGAAACAUUAUUACAUUCCAUGUAAUUUGUAUUACACAUUACCAGGACCACAGAAUCUGUGCCCAGAGAAAGCUGUUUUUGUUUUUUGGGCUAAUUAGGUAUUCAUUUCAGCUACCAAUAUGGAUGAAGUACUCUCAGCUCCAUUAAACAAAUUUUACUAUGUUUAAAACCUUUCCACAAUUUUUCCCACCACAUUUCCUGCAGAUUCCAUCUGGGCCAAAUUAUAACUACUGAUGUGGCAAUUUUCAGUAUUUUUUCCAAUUACGCCUGUACAUUCAAACCUAUACAUAAUUGAACAGUCCACCAGGAAGGCUACUUCAAAUCCAUCAAAUCUUCAGACUUUUGAAAUGUAAGAAAUGACAUGCACAUGUCUCCCCAGAUGAGUUUUCUAAGCUCACAUAUCUUUUAGAAUGGAAAAGAAAGCAGUUGAAAAGCACACCAUUCUUGUGUGUGAAAAGCACACACGUUUCUGAUCUGUACCAGCAGAAAAGCCCUCAUUCACCUCUCAAUUAACUGUUACCACUUGCCUUCCCCUUGUACUCCCUAUCUCUUGCUUUUUCCCAUCUCUCUUCUAGAUAAGGACAAUACCAUCAUUUUGUGCAUUUAUGUAUACUGUUCCUAUGGUAACACAUGGCCUAUGGGUGCUUUGAAACCUGCAGAGUUUAUAGAGGGACCACACUGUGUGACUGCUAAAGAGUGAGCAGUACAUUAUCAGUGUAUGCCAGAGAAAUAGAGCAUAAUUUUUGCCAUGGUCAGAAUGAUCGCAUGCCCUGUUAAUAAACAGCUCCCCAUAAAGCACUACAAAUGGUGGAUUGAGUUAAUGAGGAAGCAGGAAAAUCCCACAACCCAAAACAAAAAUAAUCAAUUCUGGGGUUAAUAGAACCAUUAAUCUUCAAACUACACACCCAUGCUCCAUUAAAAGCUGAUAGCAUUAACUUAUCUAUUGUCUUUGUGUCCAAUCUAUAAUAUACCUUAUAUUCAGAGUAGCUUCAUAUUUAUAAAUGUCCUAGAUCACAUCUAAUUCUCACAACUCGAGUGUUUUGGAAAUAUGUUUUUUAAAAAUUUUUUCGAUAAUAAAUGAUCAAAGCAACAUGUAAACAACAGUACAAGUCAUUGCAGACACUGUAAGUCUAUGCCUCAGCCGCAUUUGCAUUCGUGUCAAAUAUCAAAUAUGGUGCUACUCUAAAAGGUCUACACUACUGCAGUAUGAACAUCUGUGAGGUAGAUCGAGACAGAUUUCAAUGUUAUACAUAGCCACUAGAGGGUAUAUAUAUAUAUAUAUAUAUAUAUAUAUAUUUGUAUGUUCAAAUCUUUAAAGAGAAACGUCUCACUUAAAGAGUAGUUUGUACCAAUAAAAAUAGCCAUUCAUGCUUUGUUUUUUUUUACAACAGAUCUUACCUGUUGAGGUAGUAUAUAUAUUCUCACCCCGAACGUAAUGUAAAUAUACUGUGU